GCUAUGGUUAUGGCUUCUUCUUCUUCUUAUCGCGCGUCUGCUACAGUACCUCUGAAAAAAUACGAUGUUUUCAUCAGUUUUAGAGGCGAUGACACUCGUCAUGGCUUCACUAGCCAUCUUCAUGCUUCUCUGCGCCGAAGCUAUUUGGAGACUUACAUAGACUACAAAAUCCAAAAAGGAAACCACGUCUGGGAAGAACUUGAGCAAGCAAUCAAACAAUCCACCUUGUUUCUUGUCGUCUUCUCACAUGACUAUGCAUCUUCAACAUGAUGCUUCUUCUCAAACGUGACAGACGAAUCAAAAAUGCAGGGAAUCAAUAACACAUGCAACAAACUUCUUUCAAAGUUACUAAUGGAAGAUCUUCAUAUUGACUCUCCCAAAAUAAUGCCAUCCGCGGUCAUGAAAAGACUCAAACGCAUGAAAGCUUUCAUUGUAUUAGAUGAUGUUCGUACCUCAGAACUUCUACAAAGCUUGAUUGGAGUUGGGCAUGGUUGGCUAGGAGCUGGCAGCACAGUCAUUGUGACGACUAGGGAUAAGCAUGUGCUGGAAAGUAGAAGAAUUGACAAAAUUCAUCAAGUUAAGCAGAUGAACUCCCAAAACUCCCUCCAGCUUUUCAGCUUGAAUGCUUUUGACAAAGUUUUGCCUGAGGAGGGAUACGUGGAUCUCUCAAAAAGAGCAGUUGAUUAUGCCAAAGGCAACCCUUUAGCUUUGAAAAUUUUAGGAUCAUCUCUUCGUUGUAAAAGUGAAAUAGAAUGGAAGUGUGCACUAGCUAAACUCAAAGAAUUACCCAACAAAGAAAUUGAUUUGAUUUUGAGAUGGAGUUUUGAUGAAUUGGAUGAGACAGAGAAAAACAUAUUUCUGGACAUUGCAUUUGGUUUCAAAGGUCAUAAAAGAGAUAUGAUAACAAAAAUAUUAAAUAAGUGUGGUUUCUUUGCUGAAAUAGGCAUAAGUAAUCUUUUAGACAAGGCUCUUAUAAAUGUUGACUCAAACGAAUGCAUACAAAUGCAUGACUUGAUACAAGACAUGGGAAAACAAGUUGUUCGUGAAGAAUCUCCGAAGAAUCCCGGACAACGCAGUAGAUUGUGUGAUCCAAAAGAAGUUUGUGAUGUAUUGAAAAAUGAUAGAGGAACUGCGAUGGUUGAAGCUAUAUUUUUUGAUGCUACAGAAUGUACACACAUAAAUUUAAGCCCCAAAGCAUUUGCAAAGAUGCCAAAACUAAGACUGCUUGCUAUUCGAGACCACAAGGGAAUUAAAUCUAUAAGACUUCCAAGAGGCCUUGACUUAUUGCCAGAAAAUUUGAGAUAUUUUCUAUGGGAUGGCUAUCCAUGGAAAUCUCUACCUCCAAGCUUUUGUUCUGAAAUGCUUGUGGAGUUUUCCUUGGGAGGCAGCAAUUUAGAAAAACUCUGGAAUGGAGUACUGGAUUUGCCAAAUUUGGAGAAACUUGAUCUCAGUUACUCCAAAAAGCUGAUUGAGUGUCCAAAUGUAUCUGGUUCUCCAAAUCUAAAAGUAUUAGAUCUUAAAAAUUGUACAAGCUUGCCUGAAGUGGAUUCAUCAAUUUUCCUUCUCCAAAAGCUUGAAACUUUAGUGAUGAACGACUGCUGGUCGCUUAAGACUCUUUCAAGUAACACUUGUUCACCAGCUCUCCGUCGCUUUGAUGCCUUAGAUUGCAACAGUCUGCAAGAGUUCUCAGUCUCAUUUGCUUCCGCACAUCUUUUGAGGUUGUCUUUACCAAAGUUUGGCGUGAAUGAACUUCCAUCCUCACUAUUGCAAUUAAAAAAUAUUGAUUGGUUUACUAGUCCUAUCAGUGAUAGUCUUGUGGAUCUUCCUGAAAACUUUGCCAUUAGUAUUUGGCUUACGCGUGACAGUGAUGAUAAACACGACCUUUCCAUCCCUUUACGUAAAGUACUUUCUAGCCCUGUCUUUCUGAGUGUAAAACAGUUAAUCAUUGAACGUGUUUCUCUCUUGUUUGAAAUACCAGACAAUAUCUCCUUAUUAUCAUCAUUACAGUAUUUAUCGCUAAUUGGUACAGAAAUUAGAAGCUUGCCUGAAAGCAUUAAGUAUCUUCCCCAACUCAAACAUCUUGAAGUUAUCCGUUGUGAAAUGCUUCAAUCUAUUCCUGCACUUUCACAGUUCAUUCCUUAUUUCUUUGUCUGGAAUUGUGAAUCUCUUGAAGAAGUAUCGAGUUCAACGAAUAAACCUUUUGAUAUACCCUACCGUGGUUUUAUGUUCUGUAACUGCACAAAGUUGGAUUUUCAUUCAUAUCAAACAGUUCUGAACGACGCCAUUGCUGGCAUUGAACUAGGAGCAAGACUAUGUUCAGAAAAUGGAGAUCCAUCUUUAUAUCAUGAUACUGAUAUUUUCGAGUACUUCUUACCUGCUAUGUCUGGCCUGGAAAAUUGGUCCUGUUACCCUUCUACACAAGCUUCUGUCACUCUUGAACUUCCUCCCAAUUUGUUGGGUUUUGCCUACUACAUGGUUCUUUCUCAAGGUAAAGUGGGAAAUGUUGUAGAUUUUAGAUGUGAGUGCUGCUUGGACAACAGUCCAGGUGAAAGGAUUUAUAUAACAAGUUUCAAAAGAGCCAAUAUCUCCUGUGGGGUCUUUAAUGGCAAUUAUUUAUCGAACUUGAUGUCAGAUAAUUUGGUUUUAUGGUAUGAUCCAGCAAAAUGCAAGAAGAUAAUGGAAGCAGUUGAAGAAAUAAAAGCCAAUAAUGAUGUGAACAACACUAGUUACAAUCCAAAGCUUACAUUUAGAUUCUUCAUUGAGGAAAGCCUAUAUAAUGAAGUAACUAUAGUCGAGUGUGGUUUUCACUGGAUAUAUCCAUAUGAAGGGAGUGCAGUUCCAAAUAGAAAUGAUGGUUUUGAAUCUGAUGAUCGAGAAGAAACAGUUCCUCCAACAAACAAGUUAGAGCAAAGUGUCGUUGGAACUCUUUCCAGCUUAGAAGUAGAUGAAAGUGAAGACUUGAGGUAUUCACUUGAACAACUCUUGCAUAUUGGAUUUGGUGUAGACCUGCUGGAGUGGAGAGAAAAAAAUUUCAAGUGAUUUAAAGAGGCACAACAAAUAGGAGAUAGAAACAUAAGAAACGUGUCGUUGGAACUCUUUCCAGUUUAGAAGUGUGUGAAAGUGAAGAGUUGAGCUAUUCACUUGAACGAAACUUGGAUUCGAUGGAGAGCAACUGGAGUGGAGAGAAGAAAAAUCCAACUAAUUUAAAGAGGCACAAGUAAUAGGAGACAGAGACAUAAGCAUGUUUUCCUAAACUGAAUGUUGAAUUAAACAACAUUGGUGUUGAUACACAU